AGGCGCUCGCUCGCGCUGAGGUUGGAGCUGCCGCUGGCGCCUGCCGCCGCCAUUUUGGUUUCGCUGCUUCGGCUCUCUGAGAAGGGGCUGAAGCGGCGGCGGGCUGGUCCGGGUCCCGCCCUGGCCCCGUCCGUGAGGGCGGCCGGGAGGAUGCGGCGCGGAGGAACCCGGCCCCGGCCUUGGCCGUAUUGUCGCUGACACGUGUAAAAGAUGUGGUUGCAAGUUGUAGAAGAGAUUUUUCUGUGGAACAUACCUCUGUAAACCUUCCCUAAAAUCCCCUGAAGGCAUAUACUGCACCUGUGAUGGACCCUCAGAAUACUGCUAUGUUAGGGUUGGGUUCUGAUUCCGAAGGUUUUUCUGGGAAAAGCCCCUCUGCAGUCAAUACUGACAUAGUGAUAGGCAAGAGAGAAGUAGAUCUAGAGAGUAGCACCAAGGAGGAAGAAGAUAUUAAGAAGAAGAACUGGGAGGGGAGCAACACUGAGCCUGGGAAGAAUGAGGGUCUGACUGAUGCACAGCAACAGUUUUCAGUGAAAGAAACAAAUUUUUCAGAAGGAAAUUUAAAAUUGAAAAUUGGUCUUCAAGCUAAGAGAACUAAAAAGCCCCCUAAGAACCUGGAGAAUUAUGUGUGCCGGCCUGCCAUAAAAACCACUAUCAAGCAACCAAGAAAGGCAUCAAAGAGUGGGACAAUGACAGAUGAGAAGAAUGAACAUUGUCCUUCAAAACAAGACCCUUCAAAGUUUUGCAAGAAAUCUGGAGAAAUUGCAACAGUUGAAUUCCGUGCUGAGGAAGACAUACAAGGAGAAACAAGUCCUGUAUCGAAGAAGCUUUCUCCACUACCCACUGAAAUGACAGAUUAUGUAACGUCAGCUCCUUCUACUCUUGUUGGUAGCCGUGAUCCUGACUUGAAGGAUAGAGCACAAAUUAAUGGAGCAACAACUGUAACAGAAAAAUUGGCUCAACUUAUUGCAAUUUGCCCCCCCUCAAAGUCUUCCAAAACAAAGCAGAAGAAGCCAGGAACUGGAACUGCAUCUGGGUUGGUUAAAAACUCUGGGAAGAAGCUACCAGGAACUGGAACUGCAGCUGGACUGGUUAACAAGGACUUAGUAAAGAAAUUGCCAGGAACUAGCAUUGCUGCUGGAUUGGUUAACAAGGACUCAGGGAAGAAGCCACUGGGGACUGGCACUGCAGCCAUAUUGGUUAACAAAGACUCUGGGAAGAAGCCACCAGGGAUUGGCUCUUUAGCUGGAGUGAUUAACAAGGACUCUGGAAAGAGGCCACCAGGGAUUGGCACUCCAUCUGGAUUAAUUAACAAGGACUCUGGGAAGAAGCAGCCAGUGACUAACUCUGUGGCUGGAUUAGUUAAUAAGGACUCUGGGAAGAAACCACCAGGGAUUGGCACCCCAACAGGAUUGGUUAACAAGGAGCCGGUGAAGAAGUCAUUGGGGAUUGGCACCCCAGUGGGAUUGAUUAACAAGGAGUCGGGGAAGAAGCUGCUGGGGAUUGUUACCCCAUCGGGAUUGGUAAACAAGGAGUUGGGGAAGAAGCUGGUGGGAAUUAGCACCCCAGCAGGAUUGAUUAACAAAGACUCUGGAAAGAAGCUGCUAGGGAUUGGCACCCCAGUGGGACUGGUUAACAAAGACUCUGGGAAGAAACUGCUGGGAAUUGGCACUUCAGCAGGAUUGAUUAACAAGGACUCUGGAAGUCUGAAAGCUGAUUCUCUCUGUCCUGCCUCAGAGCCCUUCAAGCUUUCUUGCAGUACAAACCUCAAUAAUCUUGAAAGCCAUGAGACUACAGAUUUACUGAAAGAUAAUAUCAGCAGUAAAACUUUUGAGAAACAUAUUAUAAGACAGAAUAAAGACAAUAUCUUGGAAAAGAUUUCAGUUCGAAAAGAGGUUGCUGGUAUAGACAAAGAAAUAUUUAAUGAAGGAACCUGUAUUCAACAGGACAGUUUCCAAUGCAAUGAAAAGGGGACUUAUGAAACAUCUAAGCAUGAAAAGCAGCUUCCAGUAUAUUGCACUUCACCAGACUUCAGGACAGGAGGAGCUUCAGAUGUAUCUACAGCAAAGUCCCCAUUUAGUGCUGUCGGAGAGGGAAACCUCCCAUCACCCUCACCCACAGUAUCUGUUACUACCUUAAACAGGAGCCCCACAGCAACCUCCUCUCCGUUAGCUUCAAAUCCAUCACAUAUAAGUACCACCACAGCAGAUCUCUUAGAAGGAAUUUCUGAGCAGAUUGGGAAGACUCAGUUUUCUUCUGACAGUACACUUCUGAACCUGAAUAGAUCAUCGAAUCACAGUCUGAGCACUGAUUUUAAAGGUGUGGAUAAAGAAUUAAAUGAUUCAAAAGCCACACACACAGACACCACAAGAACUAAUCCUUCCAUAGGGAAAAAAACCAGUCUGACAACUGAAUCAAAUGUUCAUGCUACAAUCACCUCUUCAGUGGUUAGCUUCACAAGUUUGUUUAAUACCAAACAGUUUCUAAAGAUUGGUGCAAUAACUGCAUCAGGGAAACCUUGCCAAGGAGCUGAGGACCUGAGUGCUACUCAGUCAAAAUCUUUAAAGAAAAGAAAAGGAAGGAAACCACGAUGGACUAAAGUGGUGUCUAGAAACAUAUGUCGGCCUCCAAAGGGUCUAGAAUUAGAAAGGUCAGAGCUUUUUAAAAACAUUUCAUGCACUGCACUAUCAAACAGUAGUCUGGAGCAGGCUAAGUUCUUGAAAAAUAUAGGGUCAACUUCAUUUAUAGAGCAUGAAUUUGUCAAACAUCAGUUGCCAAAACUGAGCAAAUCUAGCAGCGGACAGUCUCUUGCUCUGUUAACUGAAGCUGACAAACAGACUCAAAAAUUCUAUAGUACUCACAAACAGCCCUCCAGUGUGUGUGUGUCAGGUAACAUCUUACCAGAAAUUUAUAAGCCCAAAAGAGGAAGGCCUAAAUCAAAGGAGAUGCCCCAGCUGGAAGGUCCCCCAAAGAGAACCCUAAAAAUUCCAGCAUCAAAAGUCUUCUCAGUGCAGUCAAAGGAAGAGCAAGAGCCUCCUGUUCUGCAGCCAGAGAUAGAAAUUCCCUCCCUAAAACAAAGCUUAACAGGACAGACUUUUCCUAAGAAGAGAGGGAGACCUAAAAGACAGAUCAGAUCAGCUGUUAAAAUGAAACCACCUAUUCUGUCUGUGGCAUCUUUUGUUGCUACAGAUAAUUCAAACAAAAUGGAAUCUGAAAGUGAUCAGCAAUGUAGUGGGGAUUUUUUUGGGAGGAAGGACCAGGUCAGCGGUCCAGAGGAAGCUCAGAAAACUCUGUGUAGCAUGAGAGACGUUGAGGUAGAAUCAGAUAGAAAAGUUACCAAGAGAAGUAAUGGGCAAUUAAUGAAAACAAUUAUCCGAAAAAUAAACAAAAUGAAAACUUUGAAGCGAAAAAAGCUUUUGAAUCAAAUCCUCUCUAGCACAGUGGAGCCAAAUAACAAAGGGAAAGUGCAAUCAAAACUCCACAAUACAGUGUCAACUCUUGCUGCCACAUUUGGUUCAAAAUUAGGCCAGCAGAUAAAUGUCAGCAAGAAAGGAACCAUUUACAUAGGAAAGAGAAGAGGUAGGAAACCUAAAGCUGUCCUAAAUGGUAUUUUAACUAGUAAUUCUGCCAGUUUAACUGUUCUUGAGAAUACUACCCAGCAAACAGCGGGGACAAUACUGGGACAAGUACUUCCUCCUUUGCUGCCUUCAGCAGCUAAUAAUUCAGAGGUUCUUCCAUCUCCAGUGUGCUCUCAGUCUUCUGCAGCAAGUGGGGGGCAGAGCCCUGUCAGCAGUGAUGCAGGAUUUGUUGAGCCCAGUUCAGUGCCAUAUUUACAUAUACAUUCCAGACAAGGAAGUGUAGUUCAGACCCUUGCAAUGAAAAAGGCCUCCAAAGGAAGGAGGAGAUUAUCUCCUCCUACUUUAUUGCCGAGCUCUCCUUCUCACUUAAGUGAACUGACAUCUCUGAAGGAAGCCACUCCUUCACCAAUUAGUGAGUCUCACAGCGAUGAGACAGUUCCCAGUGACAGUGGAAUAGGAACAGAUAAUAACAGUACUUCAGACCGAGCAGAGAAAUUCUGUGGGCAGAAGAAGAAAAGACAUUCAUUUGAACAUGUUUCCCUCAUUUCCCCUGAAACCUCAACAGUUUUAAGUAGCCUAAAAGAAAAACAUAAACAUAAAUGUAAGCGUAGGGGUCAUGAUUACCUCAGCUACGACAAAAUGAAAAGACAGAAGCGAAAAAGGAAAAAGAAAUAUCCUCAGCUCCGAGGUAGGCAAGACCCUGAUUUUCUUGCUGAGUUAGAGGAACUAAUAAGUCGUUUGAGUGAAAUUAGAAUAACCCACAGAAGUCAUCAUUUUAUACCCCGAGACCUACUGCCUACUAUUUUUAGGAUAAACUUUAAUAGCUUCUAUACUCAUCCAACGUUUCCUUUAGAUCCUUUGCACUACAUUCGAAAACCUGAUUUAAAGAAGAAGAGAGGCAGACCCCCCAAGAUGCGGGAGGCUAUGGCAGAAAUGCCUUUCAUGCAUAGUCUUAGUUUUCCUCUUUCCAGUACUGGAUUCUAUCCCUCUUAUGGCAUGCCUUAUUCUCCUUCUCCCCUUGCAGCUGCUCCAAUAGGAUUAGGUUAUUAUGGAAGGUAUCCUCCAACUCUUUAUCCUCCACCACCUUCUCCUUCCUUUACUACCCCACUGCCACCACCUUCUUACAUGCAUACAGGCCAUUUGCUUCUUAACCCUGCCAAAUACCACAAGAAGAAGCAUAAGCUUCUACGUCAAGAAGCCUUCCUCACAACUAGCAGGACUCCACUCCUCUCUAUGAGCACCUACCCCAGUGUUCCACCUGAAAUGGCCUAUGGCUGGAUGCUUGAACAUAAACACAGACAUCGUCAUAAACAUAGAGAACAUCGUUCUUCAGAGCAACCACAGGUUUCCAUGGACACUAUAACAGCUAACAGCUCUUCCAGAACAGUCCUGGAAUCCUUGAAGCGCUACAGAUUUGGGAAGGAGGCUAUUGGUGAGAGAUAUAAACAUAAAGAGAAACACAGAUGUCAUAUGACUUGUCCACACCUUUCACCUUCAAAGGGUUUGCUAAGCAGAGAGGAACAGUGGGUAAGGAGAGAGCCUUCGGAGUCCAAUUCCUUAGCGUUGGGAUUACAGACACCAUUACAGAUAGACUGUUCUGAAAACUCUGCAGGUCUGUCCUUGGGAGGAUUUACCCCUAGCUCUGAGCCAGCUACCAGUGAUGAACACACAAAUCUUUUCACAAGUGCAAUAGGCAGCUGCAGAGUCACUAACUCUACCAGCACUAGUGGACGUAAAAAAUUAACUGACGGCCCUGGACUCUUCAGUGUACAGGAGGCUUCACUCAGCCGACCUCUCAGAAAGGACCCAUUGCCUUCUAUUGAAAAGGCACUACAGCCACUGUCAGGCACCCUGCCAGCACAGGACAAGCCCUCCCAGAGGCAGACGGAGAGCACAAAUUGCAGUCCUUCCAGAAAGAGAUCUACUUCUGAGAGCACAUCUUCUACAGUGAUUGGAAUACCCACACGAGGAGCAAAACUGGGGAUUGCUGUAGAUGAUUCAGUGGAUAGUUUACUGCAGCGCAUGGCACAACAUGACAGCCAGGCUGCACUGGACAAAACCAUAGAAGCAGUCAUUGCAAAUGUAUCUGUUCCACCUUCAGCUAGCCCUGGUCGAAACCACAACAGAGAGAGAGUCCUGGGAAAACAGGACAGUCUGUUAGUUCCAGCAGUUCCAAGUGACUCUUGCAAUGAUGGCAUCUCACUUCUUUCAGACAGAUUACCAAGCAGCUUCUCCCCACAUCAUCUGAAGAGAAGUGUGGUUGAAGCUAUGCAGCGACAGGCUAGAAAAAUGUGUAGUUACAACAAGAUUUUGGCAACCAAGAAAAAUCUGGACCACGUCAAUAAAAUUCUAAAAGCCAAAAAGCUGCAAAGGCAGUCACGAACAGGGAAUAACUUUGUGAAGCGCAAGCCAGGCAGGCCCCGGAAAUACCCACUACAGGCUGUAGUUUCAAUGCAGGCUUUCCAGGCAGCUCGGUUUGUCAGUCAGGAGUUAGAGGGAAGGAAAGAGAGCAACACUUUACACCUUGGACCUGAUACUAUCACAGAUGUAAUCGAAGCUGUAGUACAGAGUGUGAACUUGAACGCAGAGCACAGAAAAGGGUGGAAGAGGAAGAGAUGGCUUACAGAGGAACAGGCCAGGAAAAAACAGAAGUCUGUACCAGAAGAUGAGCAGGAGAGUAAUAAAAGCUUUUCUGAGACAUCAACUGAAUCACCUAGUCACCUCGAAGCCAUAGGGAAGGCACAUGAAUCUGAAAACACUGAGCAGCAUUUGCCUACUUUUACCCAGCGUGAGAAAAAGGCUCCUAGGCCCCCAAAGAAGAAGUACCAGAAGGCGGGGCUGUACUCUGAUGUGUACAAAACAACAGACCCAAAGAGCCGCCUGAUCCAAUUAAAGAAAGAGAAGCUGGAGUACACUCCUGGAGAGCAUGAACAUGGAUUGUUCCCAGCUCCUAUUCAUGUUGGGAAGUAUCUGAGACAGAAGAGAAUAGACUUCCAGCUGCCGUACGACAUCCUCUGGCAGUGGAAACAUAAUCAGUUGUACAAAAAGCCAGAUGUCCCACUUUAUAAAAAAAUCCGUUCUAACGUCUAUGUAGAUGUUAAGCCUCUUUCUGGCUAUGAGGCCACCACCUGCAAUUGUAAGAAACCAGAUGAUGGCAAUGGAAAGGGCUGUUUAGAUGACUGUCUUAACAGGAUGAUCUUUGCUGAGUGUUCCCCUAACACUUGCCCUUGUGGUGAACAGUGUUGUAACCAGCGGAUUCAGCGGCAUGAGUGGGUGCAGUGUCUGGAACGUUUCCGUGCUGAAGAGAAAGGAUGGGGUAUUCGUACCAAAGAGCCCCUGAAAGCAGGACAGUUUAUCAUUGAAUAUUUGGGAGAAGUUGUUAGUGAACAAGAAUUCAGGAACCGGAUGAUUGAACAGUACCAUAAUCACAGUGAUCAUUAUUGCCUGAACUUAGACAGUGGGAUGGUGAUUGACAGCUAUCGCAUGGGCAACGAGGCUCGAUUUAUCAACCACAGCUGUAAUCCUAACUGCGAAAUGCAGAAAUGGUCUGUUAAUGGUGUCUACCGGAUUGGGUUGUACGCACUUAAGGACAUGCCUGCUGGUACAGAACUGACUUAUGACUACAAUUUUCACUCAUUUAAUGUUGAAAAACAGCAACUCUGCAAGUGUGGUUUUGACAAAUGCAGAGGAAUAAUUGGGGGCAAGAGUCAGCGAAUGAAUGGACUCUCAGGCAAAACCACCCAGCCUGUAACCACACACAGAAGGCCUGGACGAUCGAAAGAGAAGAGAAAGUCAAAGCACAAACUAAAGAAGGGGAGGGGCCACAUUCCAGAGGAGACUAGUGAAAGUGUGAACACACCAACCAGGUUGACCCCACAGCUUCAGAUGAAGCCCAUGUCCAACAGAGAAAGGAAUUUUGUGCUAAAACGUCAUGUUUUUCUGGUACGGAAUUGGGAGAAGAUUCGGCAAAAACAAGAGGAAGUGAAACAUGUCAGUGACAACAUCCACUCUGCAUCAUUAUAUAACCGCUGGAAUGGAAUCUGCCGUGAUGACGGCAACAUCAAAUCUGAUGUCUUCAUGACCCAGUUCUCAGCCCUGCAAACCUCCCGUUCUGUGCGAACACGGCGCUUGGCUGCAGCUGAAGAGAACAUUGAAGUGGCUCGUGCUGCACGCCUUGCACAAAUCUUCAAGGAGAUAUGUGACAGCAUCAUCUCCUACAAAGACUCUUCCAGGCAGGCUCUCGCAGCUCCACUGCUGAACCUUCCUCCAAAGAAAAAAAAUGCAGAUUACUAUGAGAAGAUCUCUGACCCCUUGGACCUUGCCACCAUUGAGAAGCAGAUCUUGACUGGGUAUUAUAAAACUGUGGAAGCUUUUGAUGGGGACAUGCUGAAGGUCUUCCGGAAUGCUGAGAAAUACUAUGGCAGGAAGUCUCCAAUUGGACGUGACGUGUGCCGACUACGGAAGGCAUAUUACAAUGCUCGCCAUGAAGCUUCUGCCCAGAUCGAUGAGAUUGUGGGGGAGACAGCAAGCGAAGCCGACAGCAGUGAGACGUCCAUCUGUGAGAAGGAGAAUGGGCAUGAGAAAGAUGAGGACGUAAUCCGCUGCAUCUGUGGCCUUUACAAAGACGAAGGACUCAUGAUCCAGUGUGACAAGUGCAUGGUUUGGCAGCACUGCGAUUGCAUGGGUGUAAAUUCUGAUGUUGAACACUACUUGUGUGAACAGUGUGACCCUCGAUCCGUGGACAGGGAGGUCCCCAUGAUUCCUCGUCCCCAUUAUGCCCAGCCUGGCUGUGUUUAUUUCAUCUGUCUGUUACGGGAUGACCUGUUGCUGCGCCAAGGUGACUGCGUAUAUCUGAUGAGAGACAGCCGAAGAACUCCAGAUGGGCACCCUGUCCGGCAGUCCUACCGGCUGCUAUCCCACAUUAACAGGGAGAAACUUGAUAUCUUCCGCAUAGAAAAACUUUGGAAAAAUGAAAAAGAGGAGCGGUUUGCAUUUGGUCAUCAUUAUUUCCGUCCACAUGAAACCCACCACUCCCCUUCCCGAAGGUUUUAUCACAAUGAGCUGUUCCGGGUGCCACUGUAUGAGAUUAUCCCCUUAGAGGCUGUGGUGGGGACUUGCUGUGUGCUGGACCUCUACACCUACUGUAAAGGGAGGCCAAAAGGAGUGAAGGAGCAGGAUGUGUACAUCUGUGAUUACCGCCUUGAUAAAUCAGCCCACCUCUUCUAUAAAAUCCACCGGAAUCGCUAUCCUGUCUGCACCAAGCCGUAUGCCUUUGACCACUUCCCCAAGAAACUCACACCCAAGAGAGACUUCUCACCUCAUUAUGUACCAGACAACUACAAGAGAAAUGGAGGCAGAUCAUCCUGGAAGACGGUCCGCUCAAAGCCACAGAUCAAAGACCUGAACCAAGAAGAAGAUCCUCUUCCACUCAUUGAGGAUGUGCUAGCAAGCCAAGAACAAGCUUCAAAUGAGAUGCGUAGCCUGGAAGAGCCAGAGAGAGAAGCAGUCUCUAGUGAAGGCUGUGAGAAUGAUAAAAAGGUGGAGGAAAGUAACUCUGUCACAAGGCAACUGUGCACUCCAGAGGAAAGGCGGCAUAUUCAGAGAGAGAGACUUAAUCAAAUCCUGCUCAACCUCUUAGAGAAAAUCCCAGGGAAAAAUGCUAUUGAUGUCACUUACCUGCUGGAGGAAGGAUCAGGAAGAAAAUUGAGGAGGCGUACUCUCACCAUCCUGGAGAGCAGCUUCAGGAAGUGAUGUUCCAACAACAGACUGUGAUCUGGAGUCCACUACCAGGUCUGCUAGAGACUGACGGGGAAGCCCCCUCCUUUCUGUACACUAACCAAGAAGAGGAGGGUAGAAGAAAACUGACAUAAAUACAGUUAGCACUUAGAAGUCUGAGCAGGCAGGUGGCCCUGUCUUGCUCUGCAGUGCUCUUAUGAUGUGUGUGUUGUUGGGCGUGCCUUGUAUUGAUGUUAGGUACUGAGAAAACCUUGUGAUUAUUUGUCCAAGAUGGUCAGAUUUAAUUUAUUUUUGCUUAAUGUCCCCACUUGGAGGGAAAAAGGGGAGGAAAAUAGAAGGGUGUGAUUUACUCUGAUGAGAAUAUUCCCCAUACAGACCAGUCGUCCUAUGAUUGUACAAGAUACUGUUGGCACUGCCAGUGGUGUGUACCAAUGUAUGAAGUCUGUAGGGAGGGUGAAGGCCCAGUGGAUUAAAAUAAAGGCUGCCAUAAAGGAGCGGCCUCAGAUUUGCACAAGUUCAGAGGGGAAAGAAAUGUACCAGGAUGUAUAAAAGGUUCACCGUGAAACGGCCAGUGCCCAGAUGCUCCUUUGAUCUGUAGAGAGGAAAAGCCCCCAGUCAGCUCAGAGUGAAACGAGAGUUGGUUGUUUGAAGCACUUGUUGUUCCACAUCCUGAAAUGGGGGUGUGUAAUUUUUCACAUUUUUUCUGCAGAUAAAUUUUAUAAAGCGAGUCAAAUCCUGACGACGCCAUUGCUGUUGGUUUUUUUUGAUAAGCUGUGGUUCUUGUGUGUCCAAUGUGUUGUGCAAAUUAAAAUCUGUUAAAAGAAGAAAAAAAAAGAAACCUUCACUACAUGAACCGUCAAGCAGUAUUCAGAGCGAGUAUUUGUUGUGAACUGUAGAAUAUAUCAACUAAUAACACUAUUCUUGUGUUCUAACUGUACAGCUUAAAACGUCUGUCUCUUAAAGAGACAGUGUAUUUUACCACUCCCUCUCUCUGCCGUUAUGAAAGUAUUGCUGCCAAAGACUACAGCCAAGGCGCUAACUUUUCACUGCAUGAAAUUGUGAUUGCCAUAGUUUGCCAUAAACUAGUGCUGUACUGGGAUCCCCUAUAUUUCAACAUGUAACUUUCCCCAAUAGCCAGUGCCGUGAAGCUGUCAUCUGUCUCUGGGUCAGGCCCUGCUAGUGGCAAAGGGAGGGGGCAGUAGGCAUACACUGCCCCUUUAAAAUAGCUUUGCUUUUUUGUCUUUCAGACGUACAUAUGCAUAUACAGUCCUGUUUUAGAUGUUCUUAUAAGAAAAACCAGUUUUUAAUGUGCCAAGUUGUAUAUAUCUGCUGCGUGGAUGUAAAGCAAUACGGUAGUUACAUGUUCCUUUUUAAUGGACCAAGCUUGUCCUAAUGUACAUUCUUGUUAUUAUUAUAAUUAUUAUUUUACUCUUAGUGGAACAUGACUCAUUCCAUUAACUUUUAUGUGUUGAUUUAAAAAGAAAAAAAAGAAAGGAAAAAACCCUUUGAGGAAAAAAAAUAUUUUAUUAAAAAAAGAAAUAAGAAAAUAGUUUGGAAUAUUUUCUUACUGUAGAGAAGCACUGUACAGUACCAGGAACCCUGAGUAUAAAAUACUCGUGCGUGUAGUAGGAAUAUCGCAUGUCCAAAAUUUUGGGUUGUCUCAUUUAGUUAAUAACAGAAAUCAUUGUCUCAAACGGUGUUAAACACUAAAAACUUUUUAAAAAAUAAAGUGCGUACAGAAGCAAGACACUAGCUCUGUCAUUUUAUCUUUCUUUUGUUGAAAGACUAAACAAAAUGUUUUUUAGACAAUCAAAUGUUAGGUAAGUGCAAAGAAUUGUUUUUCUUACUGGUGUAGAAAUUAAUGACUUUUUUUAUUUUUUGGUUAUUUUAUAAUAAUGAGAAGACCAGUGUGUCACCAGGAUCGCUGUUUUAAGACCAGGAAGCACUACAUUAUUGCAAAUAGAUAUGAACUCUUAGUCUGCAUGGGUGUAGGCUGUGUGAUUGCUGAAAAUAAAUGCUGCUAAUAUAUUUCCUUUUUACAAAAGCAUAUCUAAAUAGAUCAUUGUUUUGAUGUUAAUCUUUGUAAAUUAUGUAUUACCAAUUUUAACAUUGGAUGUAAUUGCAUAAAAAGCCUGCAUCUCAAUCCUGAGAGAGUCUAGUAUUAAAUGGAAAAACUUUUCCUAUU